CGUUAGGAGACAGUAUGGAGGAGGAGGGCUCGACCGCUAUGGACGGAAUCAUUACUGAGUUUAACAUUUAUGAAGACUACCUAAACUCCUGGAUAGGACCCAAAGACCUUUAUUACAUUGAGGAUGAGAAAUUGGCCCGCCAGCUGGUGGAGCUGGGCUACAGGAGCAGUGGCGAGGUCCUGAAGAGGGAGGAAUUCGAGACAAGGAAAGCAGCUGCGGAGGCCUUGAGGCUCUCCAACAAGACCCAGCAGAAGACCCUGGCAAGUGCAGGAAAAGAACUCAAAGAUAACUUCCUGAGAGUGCUGGCUGAGCGUGAGGAGGCCAACCGCAGUGGGAAAAUGACUUCCAUCAUUUUCAUAAGGGACCAAAAUUCUCAUGGACAGGAAAUAUCUGGGUAUAUAGACUACUCCCACAGACUCCGAUCCGAAGACUUUGAACCAUAUUUCAGCGGAAAGAAAAGACUCCUGCCAAGACCGACCGACUUAAGUUUCUACAAUUGGAAAACCCAAGUAGCGACAUCGAAUGACACCACAAACUACCAGGUGAUUGCAGAGAAUCCAACUGGUUUGGUCUUCAAGAAUAAAAGAGACAGAAAAAUCCUAAAUGUUGAUCCAAAGGCAUCACCUGGAGACAACUCCUUCAGAACUACCAUCUCUUCUGACCUCUACCUCCAAUGUGUCAUCUAUGACCACAACACCAGGAUGAAAGUCUAAGUCAAAAUACUCCAAAAACUCACAACUUAAACUUAACCAUCAUAAAUCACUCAUUUACAAACAAAGAUCAACAGUUAUAUAUAAAUAUCUGAAGCUCCCGCUGAGCUCCAGUGGAAUGAUGGCCCUUGUGAAAAAAAGUACAUUUAAAUUAUGCUGAAAAAGGUCUGUUCUUAAGUUAUGUUAUUUUGUAACCACUUAUUCGUACUUAAUUACUACAUUACUAUAUAUAUUCAUAUUGAGUAUACUAGUCAUAUGUUAUUUUCGCCCCUAUUUAUUACAAUUUAAGUAUAUUUGCAUAAGCUGUCCAAUGGAACAUUAAAAACAAAUUAAAAGUGUGAUUAAAAUAUAGAUUUAACAUCACAUUCAUUUUGAAUAGUGUACAUAAACUGGUAAAAAAGCAAGAUAUCUGCAAACAUCAGCUGUUAAAGUUUGUUUACCUACACUAAACUAACUACGGUAAUCUUUUAAAGUAUAGUUUUAACAAAUACAGUUUUAAUAAGCACAGUUUAAUUAAUAUGAGCAACACAAAAUUAAUGUUUUGCUCUUUACAACUCUUUACGUAAAAAAAAUACAUCAUGUGCCUUUAGGGGCUCCAUAUAAAUAUAGGAGGAAAAAUAUACUUUAAUUAUUUUGCAUAUAGUUCAAGUACACUAUUAUUAUAUUUAAACAUAAUAAAAUAUCUCCCGGUGCUGCACAUCAUUCGGGAAUUUUUUGCACUCUAUAAAUCAAAUAUUUCUCAUUUGAACACACUACUCAAUCUCACAUACUGCUUCUGCGUACUGUUUAGUAUGGAAGUAUACGAUUUAGGAUGCAGCCUUGGUCAGUGGAACACUCUGCAAUUAAACCACGUUAUAAAGCAAAGUUAAUCUCUAAUUUCAUCUGCAGGGAAGUUGUUUUAAUCCCCUGUCCUUUACAUGCUUUGCCUUGUGUUGUGCAGAAAAUCUGGAUGUUGGAAUUGGAGCAGCGAUGCUCUAUUUGAACCUGGUGUCCUUAUGGCAAAAGACUGUACUGUAAUAUAUGUUGAAACUUGGAAAUAAACAGCUUUGAAAAUCCCAUAAAA